AAGCGAACGGGGGACGGUUGCGGAGCGACCGCGCGCGGGCCGCUCAUUCCCCGGCAGACCAGAGACCAGGGGCAGCGGAAAUCAUGCGUCCCGCUAACUGAACACCAAGCGUCACCUACAGGGGCUGGUCACAGAGUUCUGGAUCAGAUAUCACCAGAGAAGGCAUUAAAACACUCAAGAAACUCCUGAUGCAGAACCGUAUUUUGACUUCUAUUUCAUUUGACUUGACUAUGAAAAAAGAUCUGGUGAUAUAAUAAAUCUUUUGUCAUCUAUGCUUGGAAAGAUAAUGCAAAUACCAAUAUGAAAGCAACAAAGCAGAUGAAACCCAGCACUACCAGAGAAACAAAUGCAGGAACAUCAAUUUUUAAAAAGAGUUCAUCUGUGUUACAAGGCUCAUCUCCUAGUAAUUCAAAGAUAAAACGUAAAAUAAAGUUCUUGGCAAAUGAAAAUGAGCCACUGGUGCUCGGACCUCCAUCUCCAGGAGAAUCUAUGGUAAAGUAUUCCAUACCAAUUCCAUCUGAAAAUAAACCUGAUAUGAUAGAUGAACUGCAGAUGCUAAAGGACAUCACUGAUCAUCUAAAUGAGCUUGUGCACACAAUGGAAUAUGUGUAUGCUAAGAAAGUUGAGGAGGAGGAGGAGGAAGAGGAAAAGGAAAAGGAAAGCUCAGUUGAAAGUCUUGAGGAUAUGACUACAUUCCUGCUAUGUUUUUCAUCAGCUACAACACAACUAGAAACAGCAUCUGAGGAAGAAAAACAAAUAUUAGAGUCUUUGCUUAAGUGGUUUGGAAAGAUAGUUCAGCAGACGGAAGAGCUAGGAGAAGAUGAACUUAUUCCAGAUUGGCAGCUACCUUUGGCUGAUAAAGACAUAACAAAUAACAUUGCUAAAUUAGUGCAACGCAUCCAAAAGCUUGAAGAACUGAAAGGCCGUGUUCAAGACCUGCCCAAGUCCAUCCAGAUUCCUGCAGCCAAGCAGGAAAAGAAAAAACGAGCAAGCCCAGUACCGUCAAGUCAUAGAGAUCCAAAGGCUAUUUUAGAAGAUCUUGUAAUGAAACAUGCAACUGAGGAUGUAGUGAGCAUGACACAUGCUCUUGAAGAUGACUUGACACCACAAACAAUUGAAACAAUGAGCACUCGCAUACUAGACAUAAUGAAAGUAUUUGAAAGACAAACAAAUAAAUUACAAAGAAUUUCAAAUGAACAAGAUGUCCUAGAAGGUAAAUACCAGAAGAUUCAAAAUGAAUAUCAGUUGCUAGCAGAAGAAAAACAGAUAAUGGAGAAUGAACUUCAAAAGAUGAGAGAGGAAGAAAAGCUAGGGAAAGAAAAAAUAAUACCAGAAUCCAGAAAGAGAUUUUUAUCAAAACUGGAGAGAAAACAACCUGUUGAGGAUGCUGAAGUAUCUUCCCUAUCAGGAGUUCAGGCAGCAGGGGAAGCAAGGAGAGUUUCUGUUGUUCAAUCUAAAAAAGAAAGUGAAAAUCAGAAAAUGAAAGAAGAUUUAAUUAAAGCUCAGGAAAAUCUUCAAGUUCUUGAAAGAGAGAAGAAAAACCUUGAGGAAAAGUUACAAAAAGCUUUAGAGGAAGCUGUAAAAACUAACAGGCAAUUCACAAAAUCAGUGACACCUUCCCAUGUUCAAGAUACACACUUCAUUUAUCCUGAGGCUGAUGAGGAGAAUGCUGGCACUGAUAUGAAAAUAAAUGGUAAAGAUUUAUCAAAGAAAGGCAAAUCUCCAACAAAAUCUAAAGGUAAAGGAGAAGAUCAUACAUUUUCAAGACGCAAGUCUAUUAAUGAAACUGAUAAAUCAGUACAGAAAUUACCAGCAGUUGACACAGGAAAGCAAACAGGUGAACUACUUUCAAGGAAAACUCCAGUAGAAACUGAGAAAAACCAAGAAACUGUGACAUCUCAACUGAAAAAUGUUAAACUAGAGAAAAAAGUGUUAACUGAUAAAGAAAACGCUAAAGAUUAUGGAAUUCCAGCAAGCAGUUUAAAGGAAAAAGUCCUUGUUCAGGAGAGAGAACUGUAUAAAGCUAAAGAAUCUGCUGGUGUCAUGGAAGAGACUCCAAAACUUCAGUUUCCUCAGUCUGAAUAUGAGAGAGUACAGUAUACUCAUUCUACUGACAAAGAGUCACUCCCGUUGUUACCUGUUAAAAUCAAAGAAGAAUCAAAAGGGGAAAAAAAACAUACAGAAGAAAAGUCAGAAACUCCUUUGAAAUUAGAUCCCAAAGGAUCUACUAAACCUAAGAAAGCUGCAGAAACAAAAAAAGGAAAUUUAAUGAGAAAAAGCACAGGGAAAGAAACACACAUCACUGCUGUUUCAGAUCUCCCACAGUUACACAAAGUCCAAGAAGAAUCACCUUUGGACCUCUACUCAAAGAGUCAAGACAAGUCAUUACCAAGGGUUUUAGAUCAGCUUAUCUCAGCAAGGCAAGAGAAAAUAUCUCCAGAAAUCUCCCAGAAAAAGGAAGCACAAGUUGAAGCAACUCUUAACUCCAGUAUCCAAGAAAAUCCUUCUCUCUUCACAUACGAGAACCUAACAUUGCCAUCAACUUUAAUUCCCAAAGGUCAAGUUUCUUUUAAAGACUUACCGCCCAGUCACAAAGUAUCUUCUGCCAAAAUUAAAGAAGAAUCUCAAACAACUCCUAUUUCUCCUGCUACCAUAUCAUCUAAGAUUCUGGAAGAG